AAGUGGUGCGUUUACAUCCGUACAUACUGUUGUUUUUUCACACUGUGGCUAGGUCUGCAGAGCCCAGAUAGUGGUUAAGUAUAUCCUGGAGCAGCAGUGAGCUAGACUUUUCUACUUGACAGUGACGUUUGGUGGUGGGGGUAGGAGGGAGGUUUGGGUGUGCGGCAGUUCGAAGCUAAAGUUCUUUGAAGAGACAUUGUGACAGGAAUCGGGAGGAAGGUCCAGCAGUCACUAACUCUGCAACCUUAGCAGGUGCACCAGCUUCCCCUCCUGGCUGCCUGCUGUUCACCAUUGCAGAAGUGGCAAACUACUUGGAGUCAGAUACCAGCCUGACAUGCAACGUGCAUGGUCAGUGUAACGUUAUAGUUCAGCUGGGGAAAGAAAAGAGACCCGUCUUGAAGCUGCUUUGAUUUUGGACCCUGUCAAUUGACUGAGAAUGGCAAAAAUAAUUGGAUCCACUACAACAGAUAACCUCAGUUCACAGAACCUUAUGGCAAAGGCUCUCUAUGACAACAAAGCAGAGACGCCUGAUGAGCUGGCAUUUCGUAAAGGAGACAUACUGACGGUGAUAGAACGAAAUGUCAAAGGAGAUGAGGGAUGGUGGCGUUGCUCUCUGCACGGACGACAAGGCAUUGCUCCCGGAAACCGCCUGCAGCUGCUCACUGGGUCACAGUAUGAUAUCCCAUCUUUGAACUCGUCAUCCUACUCUUUGCAACACAGGCCGUCGCAGCAAAACAUCUACCAGGCGCCAACGAAGCAACAUCAAAGCUUGUCCUCAACCCCUAGCUCCGGGGCAAGAGAUAAUGUCUAUCAGGUGCCCUCCAUGCCCCAGUCACACAGUCAGAUCUACCAAGUGCCAACAGCAUCUGCUGAAUUCCAUGGCAACAGGGGCCUGGCACAUCCAAAUCAGGCAUCUACUCUUCCCAGAAUGGGUCAGGCGCCACUCCUUAAGUCAAUGUCAGGACCUUACGCUGAUGCAUAUGAUAUUCCACCGUCCCAUGUUCCUGGAAUCCAGCACAGUCAGAUGUAUGGCAGUCCUGGACCAGCAAGGAAAUUCUCAAUGUUCCAAACUGAAGCAGAGAAGAAUCUAAUCCAGCAGCUUUACGACAUUCCACCGAGUCUCGAGAGGCCCAGAGCUGUAGCCCCGCAGCAGGAUGUCCUGUACCCCCUCGGAAACAUCCAGGACCCUGGCGCCAGGGAGAUAACACACUUCCCUCAUUCACGACCACAAACACCUGGCUGUGCCUCUGACUAUCAAGUCACCUACUACUAUCACAUGCCUGGACUUUGCCCCAACUUGCUCUACAACAGAACCAGCUGUGGUGCCACAAGCCUGGCUGCAGUUUGUACCGUCUCCUGA